AUGCCCAAUCCCCAGCUCUCAGCAGUGCCUGCCGCGCAGGCAACCAAGCGCAAAAACGCUCCCCGUGACGACGAGGACGACGAUGCCGCUAGCGACUCGGGAAGUGACGUCUCCAUGAUCAACGUCGACUUUGACUUUUACAACCUCAACGAGGAUGUUGACCAAAUCGCCAUCAAGCGCCUGUUGCGCCAGUCGCUCUCGAACGACGAGAACCUCGUCGACGUCCACCCUCUUGCGGACCUUAUCCUGGCCGAGAGCAAGCGCAUGGGUGCCGGAACCUCGAUCAAGACGGACGGCGAGGAAAGCGACCCGUGGGGUCUGCUAGCGGCUGUCGACAUCCGCAGGUGUCAGGCCGAGCCGGGCCUCAAGCCGUUUGUCGACUAUCUCCUGUCCACCGCUCCUCCCUCCACCAUUGCGUCCAUCCUUGACCCUUCCAACACCUCGCGCCCCGCCUUCCUCUUCUCCCUCCGCAUGCUCAAUCUCCCCCUCCCCCUCGUCCCGCCUCUUUACAAGAUGCUCGGCUCCGAGCUCUCCGAGGCCAACUUUACCCACUACAUGAUCUGGGGCCGUGGCUACAAGCUGGAGGGUACCGAGGAGGCGACCGGUUUGGAAAUGGACGCCACCGUCAAGGGCAACAAGAAGAAGAAGGGCGGUGCCGCCGGUGGUGUUGGCGGCGUCCCUGCUGGCAAGUUUGCCUACCACCCCGAGGAGGAGAUGAUCGACGCCCGCGGUGUCGCGGUCCACAACUAUGCGCUCAAGACGGCCAAGCCCCGUGACGACGAGUCGUUUGGUGUGGAACAGUACGGCCGUGUCGUUCUGGUCGAGACUGCCAAGCUCGCCGAGGCUGUCGAGGCCAUGGAGGAGGCCUGCCGCUAG